AUGGGUGAUCAAGAAUCCGAUAGUACAACUAUACACCCAUUAGGUGAAACUGGAGGGAUAAGGUCCAUGGGAGCUGGAAGGUGGAUGUCGAUAUUAAAUACCUUGACAUCGGGAGAGCACAUGGACCAGCUGGUAGCUCUGGGUGAACUGUCUGCAUUCUUGAGCUAUGCGAAUGAAGAUAGCAUGGUAGGCUUCCCUUCGUGGAAGUAUCUCAAGGUACUCAUGCAUAUCAUCAACAACCCUGGAGUGAAGUACGAAUCGGUCAAUAGCAAUGGAGGGGAGCAGGGCAACGAAAGGAUGCCUGCGAUGCAGGGGCCCUCAAGGUUCCGAAAACUAUUACGCCAUAUAUGCAGAAGGAAAGGACAAAGGACAUCGGACGAUUCACAAACGGAAGGGUUCUCAGAAUUCAAUGAUCAAGUUGAUGAAUCUUCAUCAUCGUCGUCGUCGUCACCAUCAUCAUCAGAUGGUGGUGGUGGUGGUGGUGAUGAUAAUGAUAAUGAUAAUGAUGACCACGGUGAUGAUGCAGAUGGGAAUUACCCAAUCACAGUGUCGCCGUCUGUAUCAGAUACGCCUGUAGAAAAUGUAGAGAGUAAUGAAGAGCCUAUUACGGACGAUCUAGCUGCUAACAAGGCUAUCACAGCGGCAACAUGUCUAAACACCAUUCUAGACAUUAUGCCACACGCGUCAAGCUUCUUCAUCACCUACAAGUGCAAUCUGGAUAUAUUGCAGAAAGUGUUGCAAAAUAUCGAGUAUAUCGAUCUGGCAGAAAGAAUACUAUUGGUUUAUGAAAAAUUGAUCAAAGAGAUACCAGUGACGAUUGUGAAAACGGGAGCGUUAGUAUCGAUGUUACGAUAUUUCGAGUUCUUUCCCAUGGAUGUACAGAUUGGCACCUUCACAGCGGUCAUGACCGCAGUUAAGAGGAUCGAACGUGGUGAAAGUGUCCGGAACUACCUGAUACCAUUGGUGCCGCAUUUGACACAAGCACUGGACAGCGAUAACAAGAGGAUAGUACAAAUGGCAUGCGGGAUAUGGAAAACAACCAUUAGUGCCGCUAUAAGAGCAUCGUAUAAAAGCGGAACACACUCGUCAGAGGUGAUCGGUACCUUGGUAAGAGCUGCGGUAUCCGUUAAUGCAGUACUACACAUGUGUCAACUGGUGUUUGGCAAUAGUAACAAGGUUAGCCGCGAGAACGUUAUCCAGGGAUUAUAUUGCCUAGCCAUAAUAUGUAACGAGUCGAAUGAAGUAUUAUCACAGUUUUACGAGUUAAAUGUGCUCGUGCAUGUUAAACGGUGGAUAUCACAUAGCGGGGAGUCUAUGGUACUGAGGUUGGUCGAUUUGGGUCUGGGUAUGCUGGGUAGCUACCAUACCAUAGAACCCCUGGUUACAAACUGCAACCAAUUGUACCAGAGGGGGGAAUAUUUCUCCAGGGAGCCUAAAAAGCUAGCAAUGAUAGCAGAUACCUUCACGAUGGAGAAGCUUCUGGAUAUAUACGACCAAACUAUCUCGCAGCAGCUACGUAAUCGUAUAAUGCUCUUGGUUGUGCGUCUACUAGAGAUGGCGGCCGAGGUGGAAGAAUGCCGUGACCAAAUUGUAGAAGGGAUCCCUUUGUCCAAGUUACUAGAAGCGAUAUGUUACACUUUACGUUACAAUGGUAACGACGCUUCUACCGAAGUGGCGGUACACGCAAUCACGUGCUUAUUACGGUUACUGGAACACAGCAGUAUCAGCAGGACAUUAUCUCGACACGGGGUCUCGUCGUUACUGACCUCGUUGAAAAAUUCGAAACUACAUCAUGAGGUGUGCUAUAUAAUGGAUGCGCUGCCACAAGUUCCUGCUUCACUUAGUAUAAAAUCGGGGUAUGAACUGAUCGCCGAGAUUAAGAUGCAUGGAAACUCGCUAACGCUAAAUGAACUUGUACAAAGGGGGAUAUUGGAUAUCGAUUAUGAGCGCAUAAUAUCAACAGACUCUUUGCCCGCGUUACUACGCUCCAUAUUGCGUGAAGAUUCGAAAACCGGUAGUUUGGAACUGCAUAAUGUGGAUGUGGAGGGGAUAAGGUCGCUGUGGACCGCUUUUUCAAAUGUUCUGGAAUCACAAUCUGAAUUCACAACAUGCCUUAAAGAUGAUCGGUCUAGCAAGAGUACAUCAAGCAAGGAUGUAGAUAGGGAUAAUGUAACUGUAGAACAUUUGGAUAACUAUGUGGACCUUGGCGCCACAGAUUCCUCAGUAAAAGGGUCAGUAGGAAAUGAUACUGAAGAACCACAGUGUGGGUCGGAACGAUCUUCUUUGAGUAGCAAUGACACACCGGAGUUACCACAGGAUGUGCUGUUGGACCUAUCGCGUGAUAAUGCAGCGGAUGAAACCGAUAUACAUAUCGACCUUUCCAAUGUACGACAAAUGGCCGAUGAGCAGGCAGAGGAGUUGGAACAAUCGAUUGAGCAGGAGAUUCAGCAGGAGCUGGACCUAGAGCUUGAACAAGGGGUUCGUCAAGAGUUGGAUCCAGAGAUUGAGCGAGCGAUUGAACAGGAAUGGGAACGUGAGGUUGAGGGACGUGUACCAAUUGAUUUGACUCGGGAGAAUCUAGAGGCUACACAUUGUGAGCCGCCUAAUAAUUCUGUACAAGAUGAUGACCAGGUUACUCUCCAGAUAGAACCCAAUGAUAGCCAACCGAACACUGCGUCAUCACGUAUAGGUGAUACUGUGCGUGUGUUAUUGGAAGAGGGUAUGUUUAGGACGAAUCCUAUAUUCGCUUCUCCCGAGGUGCUCCGCGGUCUCUGUGAGAACUUGGCGUCGGAGUUUACAAGGGAACAGCAGGCGACUGAACCAUCAGAAGAUACAUCUAGGUCAAGGUCCAGACGUUCCGAAAGUCGUUUAAAAAGAUGUAGUGAUAAACAGAUUAGAAAUAGGAACAGGUUACAAACUAUAGGCUAUAUGACCCGUUUUACAAGAAAUGAUGGAUUACCAUUUCCAUUUAGUUAUAUAAAUCGGGAUGUAAAGAUAAAAUUGAGUAGCCUUGAGAAAGAAGAUGAGCUAAUGAAUUUACCUAUACUCUCGAUAUAUAUCUCGCCGCUAGUCUCGGUAUCAAAAGUGGAGUCACAUUUACUGACCUAUAUGAAUAAGCGUGAGCAGGAUAUUGCUGGGUCAUCUAGGUCAGCACCUAAGAAAAGGGCAAAAACAGAAGGUAAUUUACUACCAGAUGGUGAAGAUAUGUUCAUGGAUGUACAAUUAUAUUAUAAAGGUGUUGCAUUAGCGCCCACAAUGUCACUAUACAGGGCAUUGGUCAAGCUUACCGACGGCACUAGGUCAAGCAUAUGGAAGGAAUCCCAUAAUAUACAGUAUCUAUUGACCCGGAAAUCAACAGGUUCUAUGGAAAUGCACCAGAUACAAUCGGGAAGGUAUAGUCCUUUGAUGGCGGAUGUGGCUGAUGAACGACAUAGCCCACUUAGCCUAUUCCUGGGACUAUCUACCUAUCUCAAUGGUUGGGAAGGGACCAUUAUAGGUCCCAUGAUGUCUAAAAUCUGCGAACGUAUUAUAGAGGAUAAUUUUGACGAUACGAGUAUAUCUCUAAUUUUGGAAGAAACGUUCUCUUUAUACUCACAAGGUGGUGAUCUGGACAAUCGAUCUAAAGUUACACAAUCCUGUGUAACUGAUAGUGCCAUGGAAUACCUCCAUAAGCGUGUAUUAUCCGCUUUGAACUCAAUGGAUAGAGUUAUUAACUCCGAGCUGGAUAGUGAUAUAUUGGUAACUAGGCCAUUGGAAUCUAAGGAAAGCUAUGAUCUUAGUCAAGAAUCACGGAACCAUUUGAAGAUACUAGUGGUACUUAACACGAUAUUCACCGAGCUCAACGUGUCCACUGGCACCCUAGAUUUCCAACUAUCAUUUUCUAAAAGGUUAACAUUGAAAUUGUUAACCAUUCUAGGUGCAAUAGAGAAGACGCUAUGCUACCAAGUCCCGACAUGGUUCAUACAUUUAGUGAUGAUAUGUCCAACGCUGUUUUCAUUCGAUUCCAGGAAAGUGCUGUUCGAUCUGUUGGCUACAGGUACACAUAGGUUCCUAUCACAGUUCCACAACAGGCUGAGUUCACUAGUGGAUUCUGGUAGCGCACCAUGCAAGGACUGUGAAAAUUUUACCAUGGACCCACUUGAUGAGAUUAUCCGCCAGAGGCUAUUAUCAGUUCGUACUAUAAAACCAAGCUCUCUACAGGAGAUCGAAUCUGUAAUGCAGGUACCUAAACUAAAAGCGACAUGUUCGAGAUCGGAUAUAUUGAUGGACGCUAUUUUGAUAAUGGACCAAUUUGUAAGAACAGCGUCUGAUAGUAACGCUAUCCCGAGGUUAGAAAUAGAAUUUGAAAAUGAAGUUGGGGUUGGUACAGGACCUACACAAGAAUUCUAUUCAUUAGUUAUAGAGUCUAUAAUUGUUGGAGAUGAAAACGGUCAGAGUCCUUUGGAGAAGAUAAAUGAGCUCUUGUAUCCUAAGGUAGUCCCCCCUACCAGUAUAAUGUUGGAUGAUUUUUCGUUGGAUAUGUUUAAAAGGGCCUCUAAGAGCACUGUGGAGUACAGUGUUGAUGGUCAAGGUACCGUGGUAAAUAGUUCUGGUGUCCCGGAUACGGCUAAUGUCCGAGUUUUCCGGAUAUUCAAGCUAUUGGGGCAGCUUGUGGCUCUAGCAUUGUUAGAUCAGAAACUUUUGAAUCUAUAUAUCCACCCCCUUUUCUGGUAUAUAUGCCAAAAUCCAACGGUUGAACCAAACUGUUCACUUUCUACGCUAAGGUCUGUAGAUCUCGCCCUAGCAACAUCUUUGGGUAAUUUGAUAUCGGAAGAUUUGGAAUUUGUCGAGUUGUUCUUCACGUAUAACGGGGUACCGGUAGUACCGGGUGGUGAUAAGCUGCGUGUAACCCGUGAUAACGUAUCUGAUUAUAUAAAAUCAGUAGUUCGUAUGCGUUUGUAUGAUGGCAUAAAGCUCCCCGUAUGGGCAUUUAGGAUGGGUUUUGCUACUAUAGCACCUUUAGGAGCGCUAUCGUUAUUCACGCCAACGGAAUUGACGUUCCAGCUGUUUACAACAAAAGAUCAAAAUGAGUUCUGGACAGUCGAACAUCUGCAGACGUAUAUAAUACCGGAUCAUGGUUACGACCUGUCGUCGGUAACAUAUAGGUGUCUGAUAUCAGUGCUAUCUGGGUUGUGUGAUAGUGAUCGUCGUCGUUUUCUACGAUUUUGUACCGGGGCACCGGUGUUACCUAAACAAGGUUUUGCUGGUUUAAGGCCUAUGAUGCGCGUUGUCAAAAAAGGUGACAACCAUCAUGAGCUUCCAAGUGUCAUGACGUGUUCGAAUUAUCUUAAGCUGCCAUCUUAUAGCUCGGAUACACAGUUGAGAAUGAAAUUACUGCAUGCUAUCCGAGAUGGGCAAGGGUCAUUUCACCUUUCUUAA